AUGUCGUCACAUCAUCGCUCCGGUGGUCCUCCUUCGCUGAUGGACGAUGUGCCUGAUUUCGAACGAAAUUUACAAUCACAUCGUUUUGAAGGUGGUAGGGGUGGUCGAGGUCGUGGUGGUGGGAUGCGAGGUAGAGGUGGUGGUGAAGGUGGAAUGAGAGGAAGAGGUGGUGGUGAUGGUGGUUUUGGCCCUCGAGGUGGUUCUCGUGGUGGACGUGGUGAUUUUCAUCAACGUGAUCGUUUUACUAAUAAUAAUUUUAAUCGAUCUUAUGAUGAACAACGUGGUGGUGGUGGUGAUGGUGGCCAAUCGAAAAUGCCAAGUCUUUUUGAUGUUGAUCAACAACCAUUACGAUCAUUUGAUCGUGAUAAUAAUCGUGGUGGAGGUCGAGGACGAAUGCCAUUUUCACGAGGAGAAGGUGAUGCUGGUCGUGGUUCAUCAGGAGAUGAUCGUUAUCGUCAUUCAGGAGGUUCAAAACAAGGUUCAACAGAUGGACCACCUCCAUUACUUGAUUUUGCAAAUGAAAAACCAGGUAUGACAGCUAAUGCUAGUAACAAUUCAUUGCCAUCCCUUUUAUCGGUACAAGUUGAAAGUUCAAGCGUACCACCAUCUGGGUCUGAAUCAAACAAACCAAUAGAAACACACAAAGAUCAUCAACAUGGAGAUAAUUUAAAUACACGAUCAGAUAAUCAUUCAUCUCUUCGUGACAAUGAAGGUCGAUAUCGUGAUCGAGAUUCUCGUAAACCAAGUCGAGGCGGUUUUAAUCGAUCAUCUUCAUUUAAUAGAGAUCGUUCACGUUCACCACGUGAUCGAGAUCGUGAUCGUGAUCGACAUGGUCCUUCACGAGAUGAUCGUCGUGGUGGACGAGGAGGAAGAGGUGGUGGUGGAGGAGGAGGCCGAGGUGGUCAUCAUAAUAAUCCACGUGAACCACAUCAAUCACGAUUUGGUUCUGAUAAUAACCAACCACCAUGGCAUGAUCGGCGAGAAGGUGGACGUGGCGGUGGUGGUCGAGGUGGUUUUCAUGAUCGUCAACAUGAUAUGGGCGGUCAUUUUCGACCUAAUGAACAGUUGCCACCUGAUAAUCGUCCAUUUAAUCGAGAUGGACGACCAAAUUAUGAUGCACCACCACCAUCUCAAAGUCGACCUUUUCAAGACAAUUUUCAAACUGGCAAUUAUGAUUCAAUGGGUCCAAAUCAGCAUAAUCGAACAAAUUUACAACAACCACCUAAUUUUAAUCAAGGACCACCACCACCACAUAAUCGUUCUGAUUUUUAUCCACCAAAUAUAAAUAAUCCAUCUUAUCAACAACAUAAUACUCGUAGUGGUGGUCGUCCAAGUCGUUUUAGUGAUCGACAAGAUGAUUAUGAGGAUGAUCGACCAUUAACAAAACCAAAUAUUUCUCUUCCAAAUGUAACAACAACAACAGCACCACUUUAUAUGAAUCAACCAACAAAUCCAACAUUUAGUCAAGCACGUCCAACAAUGUCAUCAACAUAUUCUUCUCAACAACCACCAUCAAGUAUGUUUCCGCAGGGUGCACCACCAUCACAAUUCGGUUGGCCCAAUCAACAACAACAAGGUCCACCAAAUUCGCAAAUGACACAAUCUCUUUUAUCACUGGCUUCGAAUGACCAACAAAGUCCAAAUAUAUCAGGACCUCCACCACCUAAUUCAUUCUAUGGUAGUAAUACUGAUUUUCAUCGACAACAAGCUCCACCAUCUGCCAAUCAAUAUUAUUCAGGUGUACCUCCUGUUCCUUCUCAAACUGGUAAUAAAUCCUCGAAUACGAAUGUUCCAAGUAGUUCUGCUGCUCUACCAGCACAACAACCAGUUCCACCUGCAACAGGUGCAAACGCAGCAGCAACAGCUAAUGCUUUAAGUACAGAUCCUUGGCAACAGUAUUAUCAACAAUAUUGGCAAUAUAUGCAACAACAACAGGCAGCUGUUCAACCAACAUCUACUCAGAUGAGUACUCAACAGCAAUUUCAACAACCACAAACAGGAGCAACAGCAGGAUUAAAACAACCAGCAAAUACGACUGCAGCUACUGGUAAUACACAAGAUAGUGCUUUAAAUCAAGCUAAUAGUGCAUGGACACAAUACUGGAUGCAAUGUCAAGCAUAUAUGCAACAACAACAACAACAACAGUCUCAAGUUCCAUCAACAACAACUUCAGCAACAAUAGCAGCACCAUCUCAGCUUUAUCCACAAGCAACAGGUAAACAACAACAACAAACACCACCUGGUUUAACACCAAAUACAAAUACGGCAUCUGGUGCUCCUCCAACAUCGAAUUGGCAAACAUGGUUCAAUCCAAAAUGA